AUGAUGUUCGCUUUGUUGCUGCUGGCCCUUACUGGGUCUUCCAGUCAGAUGCUGACUUCGGAUACGAUCCAGUCCAUGGCCAACAAUAGUCUGUUUGAGCGAUGGCGCCCUUACUCUCACUUUUCGGCUCCUGCUGGAUGGAUGAAUGAUCCAUGUGGACCGUUGUACGAUCCUGUCGGCAAUCUUUAUCAUAUGCAUUAUCAGUGGCAUCCCAACCAUGUACAAUGGGGAAAUAUCUCCUGGGGACACGCCACUUCUGAAGACAUGAUCACCUGGACCGAUGUCGCUCAUUCUGGACCCGGUCGAACACUGGCAUGGCUGGAGUCUCAAGCUCAAUCAAUCGGCACGUCAAAUUUGACCAGCACCAAACAUGAUCCUCACAUGUACAAUUUUUUGGGUAUCUUCUCGGGUACCGCUCAACCAGUGAAUUUCAGUGGCGAAGUUGAUGGUACCCUCCUGGCGUUUUAUACUUCGGUAUCCCGCGGUCCUCUCAGUUGGGAUCAACCGUAUCCGGAAGGUGCCGAAAGUCAAAGUUUGGCUUACUCGACCGAUGGUGGUAUGACUUGGGCUGAAUACGCUGGGAAUCCGGUCAUUAACGGUCCACCGGCUGGCUGGAACAUCACCGGAUUUCGAGAUCCAUUCUUCCACGCCUCGCCGGAGCUUGACUCGUUGUUGGACCAUUCCGAACCGCACUAUUAUGUCGUGUUUGGUUCUGGAAUUGGCGACGUCGGACCCCGAAUCCCUCUUUACUCUGCACCCGCUUCGAAUUUGACCAUUUGGACUUAUCUCGGAGCUCUUUGGGAACCUCGAGGGAACACGUCGUUGGGGUCCACGUAUGAAACAGGAACUUGGGCGUGGAAUUUUGAAGUGCCGAAUUUCUUCCAACUUGACGGAUACUGGUUUUUUAGUUCGGCAGCCCAAGGUGGAAGUACCAGCUACCAUCCACAGAAUUGGGUGGUUUGGAAUGAAGGUAAUGUGUCUGCACGAGACAAUGGAAGCGUCGCUUUUGAACCGAUCUCCAUGGGUGUCGUGGAUUGGGGAUUGCUUUAUGCCAUUACCUCGUUCAAUGAUACCAAGAACAAUCGUCGCAUUCAGAUCGGGUGGGCGCAAGAAGAUAUGAACAACUUUGGCAUUGUUCAACAGGGUUAUCAAGGAGCGUUGUCAAUACCUCGAGAGCUGUUUGUUUUGCAGACGUCCGAUGUGACUCCUGUAAAGCGGAAUUCGAGCUCGGUUUACACGCGGCAAGCAAACGGUACCUAUAAUGCGCGGACACUCGGCGCUCGACCUGCUCCGGAUGUGAUUCGAGGAUUGCGAAACGGAUCGCAUGCGGUCAACUUUUCUGUGGAUGGCCUUGAAGGAAAAGGCGGCGGAUCUGGAUCCAAUAUUCUCGUGAAAGCAAUGAGCAGAGCCUAUGAGGUGUCUGUGACCAUCGCUUCCACCACUGGUCGGACAGGUCUUAUUAUUGGUGUAUCACCCGACUUUGAAGAAUUCACUUCCAUCUACUAUGACCCUGCCACAUCGACCAUUGCUUGCAACCGGACUUAUUCUUCCACAAUCAAAGAGUUUGCCAACACCACCCAUCUCGGCUUCUUUGAACCGUACAACGUGUCUGGUCGUCUGGAGAGUGUGCGAUUCAAUGUGUUUGUUGACGGAUCGUUGGUGGAGAUUUUUGUCAAUGAUCGGUUCGCUCUGACAAGCAGGAUUUAUCCCAGUCGGCUCGACAGUUCUGGGUUUGGUCUGUACGCAGAGACAGGUGUUAAUGUGACUUAUUCGGGACCAGUUGAGGUGUGGAGUGGACUGCGCAAUGUCUGGCCUGAUCGACCCAGCAAUUCGAGCAGUUUGCUGGUUUAUGAUACGGAUGCAGAGACGAACAAUCGGACUUGGUGGACUGGAUUGUAA